UAUCCCAAAACCUCAUCCAUUCCCUUCUUUUCCCUCCACUCGUUUCCCUCCGAUUUCCACCAUACCAGAAGAAAACAGCUCUCCAACACACACACAAAGAUAAGACUUUACAAAACAAAAAUCAAACACAAAGCCAAUCCCUUGUAGGAAAAAGAACCUCUCCUCUUGCAACGAAUCCGUUGUUCCACCAUGUCUUGCUCAAAUCUGACAAUGUGGGUGUCUUCAAAACCUUCUCUUUCCGACACUUGUUCACUCUCCUUCCGUUCUUUCGUCACCCCGUUUCAGCUCCCGUCUCAAAGCUCAACUUCAAUUAACCCUUCAAGGUCGUCUUCAUCUUCGACCACGGUUCACUGCGGUCUCCGUGAGCUUAGGGACCGGAUCGAUUCCGUCAAGAACACGCAGAAGAUCACCGAAGCGAUGAAGCUCGUGGCUGCUGCUAAAGUCAGGAGAGCACAAGAAGCUGUCGUCAAUGGCAGACCAUUCUCCGAGUCGCUGGUUGAAGUCCUUUACAACAUCAAUGAACAGCUCCAGACAGAAGACGUCGAUGUUCCUCUUACCAGCGUCAGGCCUGUAAAAAAAGUCGCCUUGGUCGUCGUCACCGGUGAUCGUGGUCUUUGUGGAGGUUUCAACAAUUAUAUCCUCAAGAAAGCCGAGGCAAGGAUUGCUGAAUUGAAGCAACUCGGACUGGAUUACACGGUAAUCAGUGUGGGGAAAAAGGGUAAUUCGUAUUUCAUCCGCCGGCCUUAUAUUCCGGUCGACAGGUUCUUUGAAGGUAGUAAUCUCCCUACAGCUAAAGAAGCUCAGGCGAUUGCGGAUGACGUGUUUUCACUCUUUGUCAGUGAAGAAGUCGAUAAAGUCGAGCUUUUGUACACGAAAUUCGUAUCGUUGGUUAAGUCCAAUCCGGUGAUUCAUACUUUGCUUCCACUGUCGCCGAAGGGAGAAAUCUGUGACGUGAAUGGCGUCUGCGUUGAUGCAGCUGAGGAUGAGUUCUUCAGGUUGACAACCAAGGAAGGGAAACUGACGGUGGAGAGAGAUGUGAUCAGAACACAGACCGCCGAUUUCUCUCCGAUUUUGCAGUUCGAGCAGGAUCCGGUGCAGAUUCUGGAUGCUUUGUUGCCUCUUUAUCUCAACAGUCAGGUUUUGAGGGCUUUGCAGGAAUCAUUAGCGAGUGAACUUGCGGCUAGGAUGAGUGCCAUGAGCAGUGCAAGUGAUAAUGCCCAGGAACUGAAAAAGUCCUUGUCCAUCGUCUACAACCGGCAGCGUCAAGCGAAGAUCACCGGGGAGAUAUUGGAGAUCGUUGCCGGUGCCAAUGCUUUGGUCUGAUCAACUCGUACUUGCUUCGCCGUCGAUUCUGUUUCGUUAUGAUUAUCAACUCUAUGCAGAAUGAGAGCUGCAAUGUGCUUUUGGAAUAGAUAAAUAAGAGUAUUUACCCAUCUUCGUAUCUU